UUCUUGUCAGGCGUGCGCGAGGUUCUUCUGUUGGCAGCAAUUGUCCGCUCCGGAUCCAGCACAGAAUCGCAGUUCGACUGACAGCUGAAGCUCUUUCGACUGUGCGGAGGAAGUGGUCCCAGAUAUUGACACUCGCUAUCGCUGAGCUGGGCGAGAUUCUGAAGAAUGUCGAAUUGAGUGAGCGAGGAUUGAACGUCGGAGCUAUCUGGAAGGGAGAGCUUGUCAAACAGGUUUCGAGAAUUGUAUGUUGGGUGGUGGAGGUGCGAGAGAUGGAUUGUAGCAGUCUUUCGCUGCCUCACAGAGCUGUGGUGAUGUCGUCGACUUUCUGCUCGUCGGGAACAGGAGUCAGUACCGUGGGAGCUUGGAAUCAUCAGAACGAGUUAGCGACUAAGUACAGCAGGAGUAAUGUGGACUGCUCUUCUCCUGCCUUUUCGAGCAGCUGUGGAAUCUCGAGCUUAAAAUUUCAUUCGGGCUUCAGGGAUCUCAGCAUCGCUAGCAGCAGGUCGAGACAACGAAGAAUGAAGGGCAGAGGAAAUGGAUGGAAUCGAAAUUCUCUGAAAGGCGGAGGUAUUGUUUGCACGGCAGCAGGAGUCGACAGGGCGGUCGCGGCCGACGAGUUCGUCGGGUGGUUAAAAGAGCAAGAAUUCCCAGACCAGGUUGUAUCUAUCAAAAUGUUUGAGAAGGAGGGAUUGGGAUGUGUUGCCACCCGCGCGUUGAAGGCUGGUGAAAUUGCUCUGACUGUUCCUGAGAAUUUUUGCGUCACUGCCUACGACGUCAAUAACCACCCUGUAGUUUCAGCUCCUGCGAAAGGAAGAGGAGACCUGAUUGGGCUCACGUUGUGGCUUAUGUACGAGAGAGCGCAAGGGCAGGCGUCUCUAUGGUAUCCUUUUCUUAAACUGUUCCCAGAAGCAACAAAUAGCCCUUUGCUAUGGCCUUCGGCUGAACGUGAUGAACAACUCAGGGGCUCUCCGGUUCUCGCGGAGGUCAAGGAGAGAAUUGCAGCUUUAGAGGAAGUUUACGAGGAACUGAGCUCGACGUUUUUUGACAAAGAACCGAGGACAUUCCCAGCUGAAGGGUUUUCCUUGACGGCAUUUAAGAACGCCUUCACAGUGAUUUUGUCGCGUGCAUCGUAUUUGCCGUCAGCGGACAUUUUUGCUCUGGUUCCAUAUGGAGACUGCUUCAAUCAUAAAGGAGACUGCGAAGCUUUUCUAGACUUCAGCACAGAAGAUGAAGCUGUUGUGCUGAAAGUGGACCGUGACUACAGAGUUGGAGACCAGGUUUUUGUCACAUAUGGUCUUGAUCGACCAAACUCUGAUCUCCUAAUUAGUUACGGAUUCGUGGAUCCGAGCAAUCCUAACGACUAUCUUACGAUAGAGGUUGAACUUCUGGAAGCAGAUAGAUUGAAGGUUCUAAAGCAGCAAAUUCUACAGCAGGCUGGAUUUGAUAGCCCUCAAACUUUCCCUCUAUUUCCCGACCGAUUUCCAACUCAGCUCUUGACUUACAUGAGGCUGAGUAGGGUGUCCGACGUGGGCCUUUUUGCUAAGAUUGUGUUUGAUCAAGACGUCAUGAUUGACCAGGCAAAUGAGUAUGAGAUACUGAUGCUGCUCAUGGGCGAGUGCCGUGUUGCACUGCAAGAAUACACGGGGAGCUCCGAUGAGGAGAGUCGAAUUGCAAACGACAAGAAAGCGUCAAUCAGAGAGAAACUGGCUGCACAAUUACGUCUGUCUGAGAAGAAAAUACUUAUCAAUAGUAUGUCUGCCUUGCGGAAUCGACUGGCACCUAUCAGAGGCAUUCCCGUGAAGGGAGGCGGAUUGAAGGAUCCCAAUUCGGACCUUCUGGAAAUGUUUGAUAUGGCAGAGCAAAUCGCAUCAGCCCCCAGCAAGUUUUUGAACAACAUAUUUAAGAAGUAGAUUAGUAUCAAAUCAAGUCAGAUGUUGCAUUAGAAUUAGAAGUGUCCGCAAGUUUCAUAGUGUACCUUACAGCAGUUACAUUGAAUUUCAUUCCGCCUGGAUUGUAGGAAAUGUAGCAAUGAAAUAAAGAAAAAAACGAUUUUUUUACUUACUACCUAUAGCGUUCAAAGAA